AUGAUGCUAGCAGGCCUCGUGCUUUGCUGCCUGCAUACGCUCGGCAUAGUAACAUCGGCUGAUGCCAGCAGAUGUCCACAGGACUUCCUCGGCCGCUAUGCAGGUUGCCAGGCGAGACAGGACAUCAAGGCCAUGCUCAGCUUCAUUCUUGGCGCUCUGGUGAUUCUUGCUGGUGCCCCCUCGCCGGAGCAGUUCCCUAGCAGCGGCUUACGGGAUGCACUUCUGAAGAUGGAAAGCUGCGCGGGUCUGCUUUGA